CACGCCCGGCGAUUCGAACGCGUUGAUCAUCGCGCCGCACCUUAUUAAUGCUGGAUAUUGACGUGUGCGCCAGUCAUUAUAGAUCUUCGCCGGCACAAUACAGGUGACAUGGGUGUUACAAAAAUUCUAAGGGUGUCCGUUGACAUCGCGACUUUCCUCUCUCUCCUCAUAUACGUCAGCAUCGUCGGAAUCUUCAGCCGCCCGAAAGGCUUCACGUGGUUCCGCAACACGGCAUACGCAGCCGUGAGGAUCCUGACCGCACGACAAGCGAUUCUUGAUCUGCGAAAAAGGCAGACCUCCGUCGACUCGUACAAGACUUAUACUUCGAAGCGCGGCUUGCCGCAGGAGAUCACGCCGCUGGGGAAUGACGCACAUUUGCUGUGGAUUGGACCGCCUGACGCCGAACAUGUCCUAUAUCAUUUUCACGGUGGUGGCUAUCUCACCCAUGCUGGAUUGCCGCAUUACCUCAUGCUCCAUGACUUGAUCAUUCAUGCCAAGGAGCGAGGGAAAUCCCUGAGGGUUGCGAUGCUUCAUUAUGGCCUUUGUCCUGAAACAUCUUAUCCCACGCAGUUGAUCCAAGCUGUUGAAGGACUAAACUACCUUUUGGAAACAUCCAAAAUUCCAGCAUCAAAGAUCCUCAUUGCAGGAGACUCUGCAGGCGGAAAUCUCGCGCUCUCCUUGAUCGCCCACGUCAUGCAUCCCCACUCAACCAUCGAGGCGAUCAAUCUACCUGCAGACGACAGCAAAUUCAUUGGUCUCUUCCUCGAGAGUCCCUAUAUCUCCUUCGAUGAUCGAUCUCCCUCGUGGAAAGCCAACAAGAACAAGGAUAUCAUCACCACCGCUCUCCUGCAGCGCUCAGCAACAGGCUACUUAGGCGGCGCCGCGAGAGACUUUUACAACGAGCCCUUUGCUGCACCCAUAGAGUUCUGGGAUCAUAUCCCUGCAAGAAUCAUCAAGAUCUACUACGGGACUUACGAGGUCUUUGCGGACGAUGUCCGGGUGUUUGGAGAGCGACUGAAGCCUGGCAAUCCUCAGAUUGAGAUGUUGGCGGUUGAACACGAUGUCCAUUGUCAGAAUUUGAUCGAUACGACCAUCACUGAGAAGGUCGAGAAGUCGGGGCAUUUCUUUCGGGAUUGGAUUAUGAAUGCCAUCUGACAGAUCAGUUUGUGAUGUCGGUCGAUCGGAUGAGAUCGGCCUCCAAUGUCGCCCGAUGCGUUGUUGAUAUCUAGAACUGCCUUUUCAAGAAACGGAGAACGAAUAUUCGCAGAAUGUCACCAAUUUUCGCCUCAGGCCAAAGCCGACGGCUCUCGGAUAAAGAUUCCGCUCGUCAGACCCUGGUUUGAUAGCCCCGCGCGCCGCGUCUUCGGCGGGUCGAGAACGUGCGGCCAAUGCGAAAAAUGCGGGCGCGCUGUCACGAUAGCAUUGCGAUAAGACGGGAGCUUUGUUAUGU